UUGAUAACCGAAGCAGAGUGGGCCCCACAGUCCUCCGAGCAAUAUCACCCCUCCAAUAAAUCCAGAACACAGAUUGGCCACGUCAUCGAGAGCUUCUCGUCCGAGACCUCAUCCUCCGUCGAUUUCCUGUCUUCUGAUUCACAGCCUAAAUCAAACGUCUCCGUUUCAGCUCAGAUUUUGGGUACCUUCCACAACAAUUUCGCCGGAAUACUCGAUCGCUCGCCGGAGUAUUUCUCCGAUCAGGUAUACUCAACUCCGUUAAAGCGCCCUUUGUAUUCAUGCUUUGGUUUAAGUCCGAAACUUGAAGUCGCAGUCGUUUAUGAAGCUCCUGUUGUGUUUCUGUUUACCGUGGAUGGUGAUACUUUGAUAAUAUUAACCGGAUUACACGGCUCGGGCAUGGGAGUUGUGACGGUGUCGAGUUCUGCCACAGGAUCGCCGGUCGGACUGAACUCUAGGUACUUGAACCGCGUGUCUCUAUCCAGAAGGCCGGUGGUAGUGGCUUUCAAAUCCGAUAAAAGUAAAAACAAGGCCUUAGUUGGGACUCGGGAGCCCGUGGCCUUGCCUGUGGAGGUGAAUAAAGAGAAUGUGAAGAGGAUAAGAAAGGCAAAGAAACGCAGCGAACGGGUAAAUGCUGUCACGAUUGACGGAGCUCGCCCGAGCACGUUGGAAUUGGAUUACAGUGAAGCUGCUGCCAAAUUAGAGAAUUUGUUCAAAAUAAGCCCGAUUGUUGUACCUGAUGAGGUGUUGGAAACCCAAAGGGUAAAACGGAGGCAGCCAAGAAGGAAGAGGAGCCGUGAAAAUGAAGAGAUAGGGAAAAGAAGUGCAGAGUGUUAUGUAAGGAGUCAGAGGAAGGGUAUAAGACUGAGUCUCGAGAAGAGAAUCGCUUUGAAAACGAAGAACGAAGGUGAAACUGUAGAGUAUGUAGAUAAGAAGAAUAAUAGAAAGGAUGAUGAGGAUGAUAAGAUCAACCGGCUUGUCAGGGAAUAUUCAUCCUCGACUGAUAUGGGCAGCUACGAUUGGAAGAAGAUGAAGAUCCCACCUGUCCUUUCUUCGUCUGAGCACACCUGCCUGUUUAAGCUGAUGCAGCCUAUGAAGGAAAUUCUUCGGGUCAGGGACAUGUUAGGAAUUGACUUGAAAAGGGAGGUAAAAGAUGAUGAGUUGGCAGAGGCAAUGAAUACAGAUGUUGUUCGAUUAAGGAGACAACUGGAGGUCGGUCGAGCUGCCAGAAGCAAAUUGAUCAAGCACAACCUCCGGCUUGUUUUAUUUGUCAUGAACAAAUACUUUCAGGACUUCACAAAUGGCCCGAGAUUCGAAGACCUUUGUCAAGUCGGGGUAAAGGGUCUCAUAAUGGCAAUUGACCGUUUUGAGCCCAAGAGAAAGUUUCGGCUGUCUACAUACGGGCUCUUCUGGAUCAGGCAUGCGAUCAUCCGCUACAUGACGGUCACAAGCUUUAAUAAGGUCUCCUUUGGUCUCGAGUCGGUCAGAUUACAAAUCAAGAAGGCAAAGUUGGAGCUGUUGUUUGAGUUGAAGAGACAGCCUACAGAUGAAGAAAUCAUAGCCCGAGCUGGAAUUUCCCAUGAAAGGUACCAUGACGUAAAGAGGGUAUCAAAGCCUAUUUACUCUCUCAACGCCCGGCAUUGGUUGACUAACGAGGAGUUUAUCAACGGUUUAACCGAUGUAGAUGGCAUCGAUGGGGCUAAUAAUAGAAGGCAUCCCGCAAUCCUCAGGCUUGCUUUGGAUGAUGUGCUCGACUCGUUGAAACCAAAGGAGAGUUUGGUGAUUAGACAACGAUACGGACUUGAUGGCAAAGGAGACCGAUCACUUGGAGAGAUUGCUGGAAAUUUGAACAUCUCAAGAGAAAUGGUCCGAAAGCACGAGGUGAAGGCUCUCAUGAAACUCAAGCUUUCGGCUCGAGUAGAUUACCUUCGCCGAUACAUUUCCAGGUGGGGAUGAAUAAUCGAUACAGAUAGUAAACACCUUAUUGAUUUAUACAUUAUAUACAUGCACGUAAGUGUAUAACCGUGUAUAAUCUUUUUGUUUUUUUUCUCGUCUUUACUAGCAACAGCUAAGAUACUCUGUUCGGUUCCAUACAGUGUAAUCUCGUAUUUUUCAUGUCAUGAAUCGUGUAUGUAUGUAUGCAUGUAUGUAUGUGUUUGGUAGCAUUAAUAUAUAAGAGGGUAUAUAUUGGUUGUACUUGAAGACAGGAAACAUUCGUCUGCAUGAUGUAUGGUAUAUCAUAUAUGUGUUUCAGAAGUGUGAUUGCUCGACCCGUCUAACCAUUAGGUUAUCUGAUAACAGAAUUUGUGAUAGUCAAUCAAACUAUGUUUGAACAUUGCGGUAAUUGGCACAGUGUGAUCAGCUGAGAAUUUUCUUUCCAAGAGAAAAUAGAAAGUUCGAAAGAAAAAUAUUACCCGAAACCUUUUUCUCUAUAAUGAGAGACCUGUAGCCAUAGCCAAUUGGAAAAUAAAGUAACUUCACUCGAGCAACUGCAACCACGUACAGCGAGCACAAUCCUUUUGGGCCUCAUCCAGUAGAGGUGCAGCUUGUGGGAAGCACUGAUCAUGCAACGAAUGGGAAACAGUGAGAAGAUUGUCAGUGUGGCAUUUUAUCAAACAGUAGAGGUGCACGCAGAAAGAGGUUGAAGAUUUGAGCUUUUUCGGUUACAGGACAAUGUACCCAAAAGUUCAUUGAAAUAUGAUGCUCUUAAACAGAGUUUGUCAUAGUUAGCUUACAUGAAUUAACGUGUG